ACACACACACACACACACACUAGCCGACCUCAGCUGCACCGCCGCCUUCUCAUCUCAUCCCGUCUCAUCAUCCGGACCCCCCCAGCCCCCUCCCCGCCUCACACUGUGUGUGUGUGUGUGUUGUUGUUGUUUGCUGCUUGGGUCGUUGUGCGAUGCCAUUCCUCCCCAAGGACGCCGAGCGGUUCGAUGGACUGUCUCUCCUCUACUGGACGAUAAUGGGCCCACACGGCAUCAACCGGGCCGUACAGAGGCUGGACUUCUGCGACUGCAGGAAAGGACUCGGUGUGAAGAUAAUCGGAGGCUACCGAGCGAUGACAGGCGAAGAGUUCGGUAUCUACAUCAAGCGGGUGAUCAGCGGCGGGUUGGCGGCUCAGGACGGUCGACUUAGGUCAGCUGACCUGAUAUUGGAAGUCAAUAACUUCAGUCUGAUAGGGGCGACCAACGAGAGGGCGGUGGAAAUCUUGAGGACAGCCUCGCUCUCCAAUCACAUGUCCUUGUUGAUCGCCAGAGACGAUCAAUCCAGGAGAGAAUUCGCUGAGCUGAUGGAGAAGUACGGAUCCAUUAAUGCUGCACCUUCAGGUAGAAUCUCUCCCACUCAGCUCUCCUCCUCAGGGAAGCUGACGGAUACGGCCUCCUCCUCCUCCUCAUCUCGGUCGGAGAGCCCCCAGCUCCUCAGUCCUAAAGAGGGGGUCCUCGUCCACACCCAGGCCCCCCCCCACACCGCCGCCCCCCCGCGAACAGUGCAAACCCCCCCGCAUGCCUUCAGCGACGGCAUUCAGUUGAUUUGCGUUGCCAAGGGAACGGGCCUGGGGCUCGUUGUCAAGGGCGGAGCCAACCGGCCAGAAGGACCAAUGGUGUUCAUCCAGGAAAUAAUGAUCGGGGGAGACUCACAGAAGGACGGACGGCUGCAGGUCGGAGACCAGCUGGUGUCCAUCAACAAAGAGUCUCUGAUCGGAGUGACGUACGAGGAGGCCCGGAGCAUCCUGACCCGCACCAAGCUCAGGCCGGACCCCACGGUGGAGAUCGCCUUCAUCCGGCGGAGGUCGUCCUCCAGCUCCAGCAGCGGGCCUCACAGCCCCGUCUCCCUGCAGGGGGCCGCAGGUGGAGGCGCUCUGCCCACGAGGCCCAACAAGAUCACCUCCAACCGGAACCCGGCCUGCGAGACUCUGCCCGCGGUCAGCGUCAGUCAGGUGCGAGUGACUCCGCCCCGAACCGAGCCGCCGCAUCUUUCCUCCCCCCCGAAGAGCGACGUUUCUUUAGAAUCGGCCUGUCAUCCUCCUCUGAGCAGAUGUUCCCUGAGCACCAGCUGUCUACUCAAACUGGAGAGGCUGGAGCAGGCUCUGGAUCUGCUCGGUCUGAAGCCCUCGGAGGCUCAGCAGCAGCAGCUCAGAUCCGGACUAGAAGCUGAUCCAGCAGGGACGGAGGCCUUCACAGACUUCGAGAGGCGGAUCCGGGAGCUGUUCCUGCCUCAGCUGGACGAGGCGACGUCCACAUCCGAUGACCUGUCCGGUUGGCCUGAGGCUCCCAUCGAUCCUCGGCCAUCGGCGUCGGACUCGGAUGACCUAGAGGAGAUGGAGAGGCUGAGGAAGGAGCACAUCGAGGCUCUGAGGGAGAUCAAGAGGCUGCAGGAGCAGCUGGUGGAGUCUCAGCGAGUUCACCACCAGCUGGAGGAGGAGCUUAGCCAAGUCAGACAGGAGGUGAAGCUGGGAGCGGAGGAGAGCCGUGCCCUGAGGACUCGUAUCCAGCUGGCAGAGGAGGCCCAGAAGCAGGCGAGAGGGAUGGAGAUGGACUACGAGGAGGUGAUACACCUGCUGGAGGCCGAGAUCGCCGAGCUGAAGACGCAGAGGGUGGAGCCUAGGACAGAGAAGAGGGCGGAGUCUAAUGAUAAGGACGACAAGGAGGAGCUGAAGAAGAGAGUCGCCGUCCUGGAGUGUCAACUGAGGAAGAGCGAGGCGGCCAAGAAGGGCUUCGAGAUGUCGACGGGAAAACUGCUGAGCUUCGUGGAGAACGUUCAAGAGUUUCUACUUGAGAGUCAAGACCCAAAAAAGAGCUACAGCUCCGGAGACGUCAAAGUUGGGGCAUCGUCUCAAGCCCCCCCACACCGCAACAAGAGGAGUCCCUGGACAGCGUCCACGCUGGCCCAGGAGGCCAAGGAGCUUACAAGGACCAUCAGGGUCCUCCUGGAGGUCGACUUGCUGACCUUCUAGAGGAUCCCACCCCGAGACGCCUCUGGGACAUCGGCAGCCAAACUCUCUCCUCCCUGACAGCUUCUCGUCUCCUCAGUACCUGCUAGCAAUGAACUCUUGUCCCAAUGAAGCACAGAUGUCAAAUGCAUAAUCAUAAUCAAUGUUCAAGUUCUAAUUUAUCAUUUACUUUUAGCAUGAAAAUGUUUUAUUAGACGCUCUCUGAAAACACUGCUUCAGUUUGUCUUUGGAUGUCUCACCGGAAGGAGGCCAUUGUAAAGUAGACGGACGUUGACCUUGUCGUUCACCUCAUUCAUUUUGAGAAGAACUGGCCCCGAAACUGUUUACAGGGAGCCAGAUGAAAAUACUCCACCAACCUAUUGUCCGGAAUACAACCAAGCUGACGAGCUAACAAGCUAACUAGCAAACAGUGACUAUGUCAUCGAUCCAAAGAACCAGAACUCUCGCAAAGACGUGUGAAAAAGACAGUUCUGUGGUGUUAUGGGUGUGACCAGGGGUCUCAUUUAUGACACAUGUAUUAAACCUUUAGGACCCUCA